UGUUGUAAGUGUAAACAAUCUCACUGGCCAACUCCCUCCAACAAUGGGCAAUCUUACUCGUCUUUCAACCUUGGACACAUAUUUUACGGCAAUCGCAUGCCCUCCUGAAUACAGCAGCUGUGUGGUCAAACAGACCAUUUCAAGUGCUUUCUGCCAGCAGUGUAGCUCUUUCUGCACCACCUGUGACAAGCCACAACCAGACUUGGAACCUGAUCAUUCCAACGCAGCAUCCAAGGCAGAGAAUAGGGACCCAGAAGGAGAAGCUGCUGCUGCAGCAGCUGCGGCUGUGGCUGCAGGAGCAGCGGAAUGGGUGAUGGAGAGAGACGUGGUGGUGGAGAUGGAGGCAGUGCAGCCACAUGUGAAGGAGAUGGCCAGUAAGCACCACCCCAACCUGGUGCGGCUGUUGGGCUUCUGUGUGCACUAUGAUUCCAGCACGGGCCAGAUUGAGCAAGUGCUCGUGUAUGAGUUCAUGGCCAACCGGGACUUGGAGAGCUGGAUUGGACCAGAUACUGUUACAGUCUUCAAUGACCCCUACUUGGACGCACCAGAUGACUUGGUGCUGCGCUGGGCUCGCCUUGCCCUCUCCUGCACCACCAUGCCUGCGGCCUCCCGCCCCUCCAUGAAUCAAGUGCUGGGGGAGCUGGUGAAGUUGAAGCAGGAAGCUUCUGGAGCACAUGAGAGCCAUGUGGGCGAGGCCAAAUCUCGCUUGGACACGGAGCUUGGGAGUUCCAUUGGCUCCUCCAGCUUCACUGCUGAAAUGGCCCGUGCGGAGCGAGGGGACAUGCCAAGUGGCUUUUCCACAUAA